AUGUUGAAUCAGAAAUUCCAGCUGAAGGAUUUGGGUGCUUUGAGAUUUUUUCUUGGUUUGGAAGUAGCUAGGACAGACAAAGGCAUUUCCCUAUGUCAAAGGAAGUAUGCUCUUGAGAUUUUGGAGGAUGCAGGGCUUCUUGGGUGCAAACCUGUAAAAGUUCCUAUGGAUCAAAGUUUGAGACUCAGCAAACAUGAUGGUUUAUUGCUUGAUGAUCCGGGGCAAUACAGAAGACUGGUGGGAAGGUUGCUGUACCUAAGCAUCACUAGACCUGACCUCACCUUUGCAGUCCACAAAUUAAGCCAAUUUAUGGCUAAACCAAGAAAACCACACCUUGAGGCAGCACUUAAGGUUUUGCAAUACUUGAAGAAUGAACCGGGUAAAGGCAUUUUCUUCUCAGCAAAUUCAGAGUUGCAUGUAAAAGGUUUUACAGAUUCUGACUGGGCUUCAUGUCCAGAUACCAGAAGAUCUGUUACUGGAUAUUGUAUAUUCAUUGGAGACUCAUUAGUUUCCUGGAAAUCAAAGAAACAAUCCACUGUUUCCAGAUCAUCAGCAGAGGCAGAAUAUUGGGCUAUGGCUGUUUCAACUUGUGAGAUAGUCUGGAUCCUUUAUUUGCUAAAGGAUCUUCAGGUUCAUCACAGCAGAGAAUCCUUGUUGUUCUGUGACAGUCAGGCAGCACUCCACAUAGGUUCCAAUCCUGUUUUCCAUGAACGAACGAAACACAUAGAAAUUGACUACCAUGUUGUAAGGAAUAAGGUGUUGGAGAGAGUUAUCAAACUUAUCCAUGUUAGAACUCAAUCCCAAUUAGCAGAUUUGCUCACUAAGGCUUUGAGCCAUAAACAGUUUUCAGAGCUUUUAUCCAAGAUGGGACUCAUCAACAUUUAUCAACCUACAGUCCAUCUUGAGGGGGAGUAUCAAGAUCAAGAACAAAGCAAGCAAUUGGAGCAGAAGAAACACGGAUCAACCUGUAUAGCAGAAGUUCAAGAAGUCAUAUCUGAAGCUCUUGUCGUUUAG